AAUCGGCCUCGGCUGCGAGGGGCUGAGCAGCCUCAUUUGAUUUAUUUUUCACAAUCGAUGGACAUCAUGCAUGAUAUGGCAGAACUUGUGAAAGGGGCGGCGUCAUCCGGUCUUGAUGCUGACAACUGACACCAAAACCAUCCCAACUUUCAGUGCCACCCGGUCGAGACAGACAGCCAACGUGAGCAACGAGCAGUCUUGGUGUUUCUUGGGAGUUUCUUGGUACUCGCUGGGCAGAGAUGAUUGAUCCCUUGAAGAAAGAAUUAACCCGCCGGUGGGCUCUUUGCCAACGGUUGCCCGUGCUCCCCUUCCAUUCUCCAUUCAUUCCCCGAUCUACCCGCUCGCGUGUGUGCCAUAGCCACCACAUAAACCUAGCCCACGUUAUUUCCAGGGACGAGCUCCCUUUUGAAACUUACAAUACUUUACACAUCCCUCGCCGCUACCGCCCCCUUGGGUCUCGCUCUUUUUUUAUAUUAUUUUUUUUAUACAGCUUUUUGUUGUUUGUUGCUUUUCCAGCUUAGCAAUUUGAUUGCCUUGCUUCAUUUUUAUUUCUCACAUUCGUGGGAACUUUGGUUACUCUACUUUUCCUUUUGGUUGUCGUGCGCCUUACACGCUUAUUCGAUAUCAAUAACAUAACACAGCUCACCCACCUACCUACCGUUCUCAUUAUUAGCAACAACAUCAACAUCAAAACAUAAACAAUAUGCAUAUUCUAGAUUACUCCACCACCCUCGCUGCUCUCCUCCUCACCACCGCCAACCUUGCCUCCGCCGAACCCAUCCCAGUCCCAGCUGUCCAGCUCUCCCAACCCAACCAUGAUUUAGUCCUCAGCCCUCGCGCGCGUCCCAACGCGCCCAGCGGCGGCUAUGCGCCCCAGGAAGUCAACUGUCCCAGAAACAAACCCACUGUCCGUCUUGCCGAUGGCAUCUCCAAGCAGGAGGAGGACUGGCUCGGGAAGCGAAGGAAGGAGACGGUGAAGCCCAUGAUUGACUUUUUGAAGAGGGCCAAUCUGGAAGGGUUCGAUGCCGAGGCUUACAUCAACCGUGUGGCUCCGGAUGUGAAGGAUCUUCCCAAUGUUGGGAUUGCCGUUUCGGGGGGUGGUUACAGGGCGUUGAUGAAUGGGGCCGGGUUCGUCGCUGCUGCCGACAGCAGGACCACGGGUGCGACUGGGGAGGGACAGAUUGGGGGGUUGCUGCAGAGCAGUACUUAUUUGGCUGGUUUGUCUGGUGGUGGUUGGUUGGUGUCGAGCAUUUACACCAACAACUUUAGCACGGUUGAGACGUUGAGGAACGGGAGGGAGGGGAGCAGUAUUUGGAAGUUUGAUAGGAGUAUCUUUAUUGGGCCGAACUUGCCUGGGAUUUUUGAUACUACCAGGUACUGGUCUAGGGUGGCUAGGCAGGUUGCUGCGAAGGCGGAUGCUGGGUUCGAGACUUCCAUCACGGAUUACUGGGGUCGUGCCCUGGGUUAUCAACUCAUCGACGCCGAAGACGGCGGGCCGGCCUACACCUUCUCCUCCAUCGCCCUAGACGAUGAGUUCUCCGCCGCUCGCACCCCCUUCCCCAUCCUCGUAGCCAACGGCCGCUACCCGGGGGAGAGGAUCAUCUCCCUCAACGCCACGGUCUACGAGUUCAACCCUUACGAAAUGGGCUCCUACGAUCCCACCACGUACGGUUUUGUUCCCAUGGAGUACCUCGGCUCCAACUUCUCCCAGGGCGUCAUCCCCUCCAGCGGAAAGUGCGUCAAGGGGUUUGAUUCCGUGUCCUACAUCUACGGCACCUCCUCCAGCCUCUUCAACGCCUUCAUGCUCCAGAACAUUUCCUCGGUCGAAGGCGUCCCUACCUUCCUCCUCAACGCGGCAAACGCAACCCUCAACAUCCUAGACAGCAACGAAAACGACAUUGCGCAGUACGAACCCAACCCAUUCCUGGGCUGGAACAACGCCACCAACCCGAGCGCGCAAAAAAUCGAGCUUGAUCUCGUCGAUGGAGGGUUAGACCUCCAAAACAUCCCCCUCCACCCCCUCAUCCAACCCUUCCGCCACGUCGACGUCAUUUUUGCGGUAGACAGCUCGGCAGACACGACGCACAACUGGCCGAAUGGCACCGCCCUCCGCGCCAGUUGGGACCGCUCCCAAGGCGCCAUCGCCAACGGCACGCUGUUCCCUCCCGUCCCCGACCAAAACACGUUUAUUAACCUCGGGCUUAACAACCGGCCCACGUUUUUCGGGUGUGACGUCAAUAAUUUCACUUUGGAGGCCGGGCAAAAGGUGCCCCCGUUGCUGGUUUACAUCCCUAAUGCUCCUUAUAGCGCCAAUUCGAACGUCUCGACUUUUACGAGUAGUUACCCCGAGAGUCAGAGGAAUGAGAUCAUCACUAAUGGGUAUAAUGCUGCCACGCAGGGGAACGGGACGCUGGAUGGGGAGUGGAACAAGUGUGUGGCGUGCGCGGUGUUGAGUAGGAGUUUGGCGAGGACGGGGACGGGGGUGCCGGGGGAGUGUGGGAGGUGUUUUGAGAGGUAUUGCUGGGAUGGGAGGUUGGAUACCAAGGCUGUGGAGGGGGAGUAUGAGCCGAGUUUUAGGGUUGGGGAUGCUUCUACCAAGGACAGUGCUGCUGCUGGGAGGGCGGUGGUAAUGGGGACUGGGAUGGGGCUGGUGGUUGGGUUGUUGGGGGUGGUGGUGAUGUUGCUUUAGGGAGGAGGGGGGAGUGUGUGA